AUGGCACCGAUCGAAGCAGAAACAGGAGCUCGCCCUAGAGACCCGCUCUCUCUACCUUUACCCGAAAAAGACCUGGAGAUCGGUCAGCAACAAAAGGCGCUGGAAAUGGUCCGCCAAGCCCGGCAAGCUCAGGAACUGGCCCGCAACAACGGACUCGGGGCGCAAAUAGAGCAACAGAGGCAGGCUAACAAGAAACGGCGACCGGUCGACUUUACGGUGGGAGAUGCGGUUUACGUUAGCAAAAAGGGGUUUUCCACAGAAGCUCCUACGACCAAGUUGGACUCGCAAAAUGCAGGACCAUGGACGAUUCUCGAGGAAAAGGGUCACAGCUUCAUUCUCGACACCCCUGCCUGGUAUAAAGGUAGUAAGCUGUUCCACGCCAGCCGACUGCGCAAGGCAGCAACGGAUCCAUUACCUCAGCAGUAUCAAAAGCUGGAACCACCGGUCGAAAUUAACGGAGAACCGGAGUGGGAGGUGGAGCAAGUGUUGGCCUCACGUCUAUUCGGACGAAAGAAGACGUUGCAAUAUCAGGUAUCGUGGGUCGGACUCGACCCUGAUGAGACAUGGUAUGAGGCCCGCGACUUGAAAAACUCACCAGUACUGCUGGAUACCUUUCACAGGGAGUACCCCGACGCAGCAGGACCUCCGGUAAAUUUGCAACAGUGGAUCAGGAGCGCAGCAGAGGAUGUUUUUGCGGAGGACGGACCCGAGGACAAUGUUGCCGAGCACGAUGCGAAAAAGACACGAGAGCGGAGGAAGGCCCCGAGGAGACACACGUGA